AAGGAGGCAGUUACAGGGACAGGGUUUCUCCGCUUACAUGGGUGUAUGCUGAACAUCUUGACGAGUUAAACUACACGACAUUUUCUAACUGAAGUACCGAUACUAAAUAGAUUUACGGAUCAAUUAAGGGUGUCAUCGCGGGAAUACAGUUGCAAUUGGCGUGCGUAGCAACAGCCGUUGUCUGGCUUGUGCGCUCCCCAUACUGGUGAGAAUCGCAUAAUCUGACCAAUCAGAUCCCACCUCGUAACCUCUCCACCAAUAGAGAUCGCGUAGGGGCGUGUCUUUACGGCGCGGUGUUCCGUGUGGAAAGUUUACCGGCUCGGGUGCAAAGUUUCAGCCGUCUGCAAACCAGAGCUCGUCGGCAAACGUAUCUGGGAUAUGCUGGCGACCGCGGUGUAUUUAUACGGUAACUAGAAUCGUAUCACGGAUUAAUUUCGCCUGUUGUUGUCUGCCGAACGGGCCCGAGUGAUGCUGCCGUCGCUGGAUAAUAGCAGUGAAUGAAGACGCCGUUCGCACCGACCGUAUUGUCUCAGGGAGCCCGCUAGCUUAACGUGAGUCGUUAGCUUGGAGUCGCACCGGAGAGCUAGCUAGCCGAUGUCCGAGUGAUCUCGUUAGAAGACACGGUGAAACGUUAGCUCGAAACUUGUCUCGACGGAGGACCACUGUGAGGAAGGGAAGAUGGCUUGCGAGCCCAAUCGAGUCCGGCUGCUCUGCAUGCUCUCGCUGACUUUUGGGUUUUUCAUUGUGGAGGUGGUGGUGAGCCGGAUGACAGCAUCUCUGUCCAUGCUGUCGGACUCCUUUCAUAUGCUGUCCGACGUCAUUGCGCUGGUAGUGGCUCUGGUGGCGGUAAGGUUCGCCGAGAAAACCCAUGCGACCAACAAGAACACCUUCGGCUGGAUCCGUGCGGAGGUGAUGGGGGCUCUGGUCAACGCCGUGUUCCUCACGGCGCUGUGCUUCACCAUCGUCCUGGAGGCGGUCGAGCGCUUCACCGAGCCCCACGAGAUCGAGAGCCCGCUGGUGGUCGCCGGGGUCGGCGCCGCGGGGCUCCUGGUCAACCUGCUCGGGCUCUGCCUGUUCCACGGGCACGCCGGCGGGGGCCACGGGCACUCCCACGGAGGUCACUCCCAUGGGGGUAAGAGCAAGAGGGGUAAAGCGGGCAAGUCCCAAAAGCCUGGGAACGGGUCUUCGGGAGAGGAGACCAACAACUUGGUGGGAAAUCACAACAGCCCGGGAGACGCGAGACCGAGAAAUGAAAUCAGCCGUAAAGACAGCACAGAGGUGCAGAUGAAUGGCAACACGCACUACGAGGAGAUUGACCAUGACCAUGACCAUGACUCGUCGUCGCAGCUCAACAUGCGCGGGGUCUUCCUACACGUGUUAGGCGAUGCCCUGGGCUCCGUCAUUGUGGUCGUCAAUGCUGUAAUAUUUACCUUUGUGUGGCAGCCCUGUAAAGUCGGUGAGGUGUGUGUGAACCCGUGUAUCAACAGCCACACCACAGACCAUCAGCAUGUCAAUCACACGCUGGUCGACCUGCUGGAGGGUCCUAAUGUGCCGACCAAUACUGCCGGCCCCUGCUGGGUCCUCUACUUGGAUCCAACCCUCUGCAUCAUCAUGGUGGGCAUCCUGCUGUAUACUACCUACCCGCUUCUCAAAGAGUCGGCUCUCAUCCUGCUGCAGACCGUGCCCAAGCAGAUCAACAUGCACCGGCUCAACGAGCGGCUGCUGAGUCUGGACGGUGUGCUGGCCAUCCACGAGCUGCACAUCUGGCAGCUGGCCGGCAGCCGCAUUAUCGCCACGGCUCACAUCAAGUGCCACGACCCCACGUCUUACAUGGAGGUCGCCAAACGGAUCAAGGACUUCUUCCACGACGAGGGCAUCCACGCCACCACCAUCCAGCCAGAGUUUGUCACGUUCAGCUCGGAGUCUCGGGAUUCCCUCUGUGAGCUCUCCUGUCGGACUCAGUGUGCUCCCAAGCUGUGCUGCGGCUCUGCCGACAAACAGAGCGCAGGCUCUGACAAGAAGGCCAGCAGUGACUGCAAGCCAGCGGCCGCUUCAGCCUUGGAGGUGAUCAGUGAGAACCCAGAGCAGGCUGCAGGCGUCCAGGUGUGCCCCCGGCCAGAGGCCGAGGUUACCAUCACCAGGGAGGUGGAGUCGUCUCUGUGAGAUGGAGGGGACAGAGUGACAUGGAGGAGAAGCUGGAAAACUACCACUCUGGGCAGAUAUCAUCAUUAUCAUUUGCAGGACGCUGUUAUCUUUUUGACCUGUAAUUGCCCUGAUAAGGAAAUAAUUUUCCAUAUCUUUGUAUCCUCUGUCAUUGCUCCUCCUAAUGCUGAAACAUCCUCCCCAAAAAAACCUUCUGUGUUCAUGCAUUUGAGCCUCAUUUCUUCUCGUGUUCCUCUCUCUCAUAUUCAACCGCUCCUUCAACUUCCUCCCAGCCACUCCUCUGCCGCUUGGCCCCUCUCUUGCUGUCUGUUGCCCUGGCACUGUGGUGGCGAUGCAUGUUGGGGUUCACUGACCUUACCUCCUCCAGGACUGGAGCGAGUCCUGCAUGAGUGUCCCUCAUUAGCACCAUGUUUCGAUGCGUCAUCUCUUCCCGUGGUGUUUCUGUGCCAAAGCUUCUCACUGCAGGACUGAAGGGAUCGGAGAGACGCCCUCUCCUCCAAAAGGACACACACACACACACACACGACACAUGCAAGUUGGAGCACACAUCACUAGGUUAUUUUGUUUAGCCUAUGGACCUGUUGGCAAAGAGUCUACCUUCUUGUUUUUUGCGUAGGCUUUGAGCAGAUCUAUUUUCUUACCCUCUGGCUCCAAAUGGAAGAGUAUUGUAUUGCAUAAUAAUUUAAGUAUUUAAGUUAUUAGAAAAGAUCUAUUUCUCUCUGUAGAUGCUGUUUGUAAUAUUUAGUUUGGAUGAUAGAAACAUUUUUGCAACUUUUCUGUCUUUGAAGUUUUUGACAGACCAUCUAUGCUGUAGUCAGUUUUACAAAUGUGAUGUUUUUAUAAUCUUGUUUUUUCAGAUUUUUUCUCUGGCCUUGACUCAGUUUUAAUUGCAGUUAUUAGUUGGAUACAGAAGCCGUAUCAACACCUCUCUCACCUUGCCUUUUAAAUACAAAACUGCUGUGGUAUAGCACUAAGUAUAGUAGACACUGUUUACUGAACUUCUUGCAAUGGCACAGUCGCCGAAAUAAAUGUUCAUUCAUAAAAUUUGAUGCCUUGCAAGCCAGAGGGUCGGGUCUGUCGUGAAGAAGUGAGCACUGUAUGCCAUUAGUGAAACACUAUUCUCUGUGUGAAUCUGUACUGGAAACUCUCUGAUGGUGGCUGUAAAUUUUCUUUUAAAAUCCUCAUGAAUGUGUGCGGCACCUUGUCACAAUCCACGCGGAGGGAGUUUUUAUAUUUUCAGGAUGUUAUACUGAGUUUGCAUGACCAAACUGAGACCUGGUGAAUUUUUUUUUUUUAGAGCUCCACCGAGAGCUCCAGUUGCUGCUUACCAGUACCUGCUGGUAUCCUCCAACAGAAUUCAUAACAGUGUAGGGAAUGACUCAUCAUAUAGCUUAUCUGUCCUUUGCUUUGGACAGCUGAUCAGGCUAUUUUUGCUGGAUUGAAGUUCAUAUGGUGGCCUUUGAAAUAGUUUGAAUUUUCCUUUGUCACCACAGUUAUCAUUUAAAGGUGAUCCACUGAUGCGUUUCCGAUUUCCACUCCCGAUUACAUGUGUAUGCAAUAUAGAAAUAUGUGCUGGGAAAUGUAUUUUGACGUGUUCUUCAUUUGCAAUGUUCGGUCACUUUUAUUCUGUGUCUUUCAAGACUUGAGCUCUAUGUGUAAAUUGAAACAAAAGUAUUGUUUUUUUUUUUAAUUUUAGAUAUGACAUGUCAGCAGAUGUGUUUUUUGA